AUGGACAUCGAUCCUACUACCUACCUACGUUUGUUUGAGGCAGAAGUAAAACAGAGACUGAAAGGGAGCCAGCCUAUUUCCUGUAAAGUCUACUUCUGCCUUUGUCUACCAGGUGGAGCAAGAGGACAUAACCCUCCGCCGGCAAAGUCACAGGUCACUCCACAAAACCUUGCUCUUGGCUGCAACUCACGGCCAGUGAGAAAAGGGAGCGCUGAAGUAGGAGCCUUGAAGGAGCAAAGUGGCUGCAAGCGUCACCUUCACACUGCCUUGCUAAACCAAGGUUUGGUUCAGCAUGCAGUGUGA